CAUGUGUUACGUCUCGUCACGCUUCUGAAAGCAGUCCUUUGAUUGGCUUACAGCUUUGUGAGUAACACUCUGCAGUGUAUUCGAUGUAUUUAUCAGAACGUACCGUAUGAGCGGCGUUCUCGUUUGCUGUGUAUUCCACAGUGAAGACUCCAUCUGUGGAUAUACCCUUAAUAACAAAACACGCGCACACAGGGACAAAAGUCGCGCGGAGUUUAGAAACUACAUGCAACGGCGGCGGGAGAUAUACGGACUUAGAAACAAUACCCUUUAUUUGAAAUUGUUUCAAAUAAAGUGGGACAGAAACUGCUUUGACAGAAAUUGCUCUUGUUGGACGGAGACGCAGAGAUGGAUGAUUUCGGAGUUUAUGCGGUAUUCGGGGUAAACGGCCCCCCUCAAAGGCUGCUCGGUGCCGACGGGUCGUGCAGGGUAUGCGUUGCCAUUCCUCCAACUGUCCAGCAGGUGGUGCUGUUCAGCAGCGGGCCGUGGGGGAAGAGGCUCUGCGUCAACGCGGAGCUCAACGAUGCUGAUCGGGUCCCAAUUACCAUCGGCAAACUGACUCCUUAUAACAGGUGUCUGUCAUGGGAGCAGUGGGAGGAGGAGACGUGGACAGACAGCGUCACACUGAAUGUCAUUCUGGAGGGAGGAAACCUGGUGAAAGAAGAUUUGUCAGAACCAGAGCUCAUCCUGGCUGUGAAAGAAUACACGCCAAAGGAUACUGUGGCUCCCCUCACAGCGCGUGAGCUCAAUGGCAAGAGGAAGAGAGAACAAAUGGCAGAGGAGGUUACAAAGAGAGGAGAAGAAGAGAAUGUGUGUCCAAAUGGUACCACGGAGAAGACCACACCUGUGCGAAAAGCCAGAGGGCAAUCCAAAGGGGGCCAGAAGCUGUUCACCAGUGGGGGAGAUGCCACCAGGAUGAAGGGAACUGCUCAUGGAGCAGGAGAGGCGCAUGGGAUUGUGGGAAGAACACCUCCUCAGAGUGCAGUAAGGGCAAAGAGUAGGCAGGCCAAGUCUCCCACGCAAACCACCCGGCUGGUGACCCCGUCAGGUCGCUGGGGUCAGACACUAUGUCCCAUUGAUGCUCAGACAGCAAUUCUUAUUGGAGGACAGGGAGCCAGGAUGCAGUUCUGCAAAGAUCCCAUGUGGAAGCUCUGUACAGAGGACAUGUCCUGGAUGCCUGCAGAGACUCUGGCAGAGGGUCCAACCCCUGAGGCCAGGAUUGGUCACACAGCCGUCUACGACCCUGACUCAAAGCGUAUCUUUGUGUUUGGAGGCUCUAAGAACAAGAAAUGGUUCAAUGAUGUUCACAUCCUGGACACACAGAGCUGGAAGUGGACCAUGGUAGAGGCUCAAGGUAAGGUGCCUCCUCUGGCCUACCACAGCUGCAGCAUGUUUCGUGGUGAACUCUUUGUCCUGGGAGGUGUGUUUCCGCGUCCAAACCCGGAGCCAGAUGGCUGCAGUGACUCACUGUAUAUCUUUGAUCCCCACCUCUCCAUCUGGUAUGAGCCCAUUGUCACAGGAGACAAACCCUCCCCCCGCUCAGGUCACUCUGCAUGUGUGAUGCAAGAGAGGAAGAUCUAUGUAUUUGGUGGAUGGGACACUCCUGUCUGCUACAAUGACAUGUACAUGUUGGACCUUGGUCUGAUGGAGUUUUGUGUGGUCAAAACAACUGGGAAAGUCCCCUCUCCUCGAAGCUGGCAUGGCAGUGCUGUGCUCUCAGACACAAAGUUCCUGAUCCAUGGGGGUUACAAUGGAAACAAUGCUCUCAGUGACACCUUCGUCUUUGAUACAGACACCAACAGCUGGACAGAGGUGGCGCUCCCACAGCUCUCUGUCCCCAGGGCGGGGCACUCCAUCAUCACCAUGGAGAUAUCUGGUCUCCGCCAUUUCUCAAGGGAGGAUGAGGACAUGGACAUGGACACUGGCUCUGUCAGCAAAACUCUGCUUGUGUUCGGAGGCGGAGACAAUGAGGGGAACUUCUACUCUGACCUGAUGACCGUCGCUGUGGAGAAGCUGCUCGGUGCUAUUUAAAGAGAGUCAGAGGUGGCUCCUCGCUCCCUGACUGGAUGUGAAGCUGUAAUUAUUUAUAUUCCUAUAAGUUGUCUAUUUUCCUUUUGCUGAGUGAGCCUUUCCUUUCAGUUGUGUUUUUAGAAGGUUUGUUCAAAUGUAGUUUUGGAAAAUAAGGUGUAUUUUAGGCAUUUUCAUGGAUAUAAAUCUCAAAAUUUCAGCCCCGUUUCCCAUUUACUGCACAACAUGUUUAAGAGACUUUAGGUACUUUUUUUUAAGACAAAUUUUAAAGGAAAGAGAAUUUUUUAUAAUAGAAAUAAUAUUUGUUUGUCAUAAGCAUCAGUGAGGCAUCAAGGAAAGUAAUUCAGUUAUUGUGUACAUAGGUUAAAAUGUUCUCAGGUGAAAUAUAUAUAUUUUUAUUCAGGUACAUUAAAUAUGUGCCUUUUGUGUUUAUUAUGAGUAAUAACUGGCUUUCAGUAGCCCUGAUAAUUUGGAAUAUGUUGCCUCUGGGUAGCUACGUGUGCUUUACCUGUGUUAUUGCGUUCAAAAUCAUAGCAUUUUAUUUGAAAUUAUCUUCACAAACUUGCAUGCGAUUUAUCAUAUAAAUCUUGAUUCAUGUUGCUGUGCAUUUCCAUUUUGCUCUUGUCUUUAUUUAAUAAACAUAAAAUAUCCACACUGUCUUUGACUUGCACAGUAACCUUGAGUUGACAUUUUGGCAUGCUAUUCUGGACUUAAAGGAAGCCACAUGCA